CGGCCAACCCUCGCUUCCACCCCGGCGACAACCCCCGCGGCAAUUCGCCCGGUAGCGCGGAGCGCGCGAGCGAUGGACGCGACGAAGCUGGAGAAGCUGAACGAGACGCUGGCGGCCUUGCCGGUGAGGGGCGACUACAACCUCCAGGUCUUCCUGGCUGAUGAGCCGGCCUACCUGAAGACCCACCAGCAGCGAUUAAGGGUCGCCCUCGGACAGGCGCCCUCGCCACGCACGACUUUGCGCUUGGACUCAGCGGAGACGGCGCAGCGGCUGAUGGCGGGAGGCAAGCGGGCGGCCAUCGGGCUGCUGGCCCAGGGCAAGUUGCGCUUGGAGGGAGAUCUCGGGCAGCUGGAGGAGCUGCGGCAAGAGCUGGCACCCCACGGGCCCAGCCUCGAGCAAGCCGCCGAGGCGCUGAUGUCCAGCGACACUGCGGCCAAAGGAGGGCUAUGGACCCGGAUCCCUGAAGCGGAUGGCGCCUUCUGGAGCGGGCUGCGAGUCCGCUGGCUCCCGAACGAGGCUGCGGACUGCUGCAUGUCCGAGAGCUGCGGGCGCGCCUUCACUCUGCUGCGGCGGCGCCACCACUGCCGCGGCUGCGGGAGGAUCUUUUGCGACGCCUGCGCGCCGCCCCGAGGCUCCCCGCCGGAGCGGCGCUGCGGCCGCUGCUGGUCCGCGCGCCGCGGUGUGUCCGGCCCUCCCGCGGCGGGGCUUCCCACGCCGGCGCCUAUGCCGGAGCCGGAGGCGCCGAUUGCAAAGUCUCAAAGCACCACAGAGCUGUUGGUGGAGUUCCAUGUCGAGGAUGCCCUGAACGGGGUCCGCUUCUGGCGCCGCGGCGUCUUCGGCCUGAGCCUCGCCGCCACCGCGUAUCUUGUGGCGGCGCUGCGCAGCCAGGAGCGCCUCCUGCUCAGCCCCUUCCUGCUGCUGGCCUUCUUCCUGCGUCGCUGGCUGCUGCGCUACGCCGAGGUGGGGUGGAUGUGCUUGGUGAUCCUCUGCAAGGUGCUGAGCGCCCGGAUGCGGUGCAGCCAGCGCCCAGCGCUGGCCGCUGAGGCGAUCUGGGCGCUGUGCCACAAGGUGAACGCGCGCUUCCUCUUCGAUACCGUCGUCUCCCUGGGCGGCUUCUGGGUCAAGCUCGCCCAGACCGCCUCCGUCAUGAGCGCCCUGCCGGAUGCGUACGUGGAGGAGUUGUCCAAGCUCCAGGAUGCCAUGCCUGCAGACUCCCUGGAGGACGUGGAGGCCCUUCUGUCCCAGGAGCUGGGCCCCAAGUGGCGCGAACGGAUCCGCCUGGACACUGGGCCGGUGCUGGGCAGCGCCACCAUUGCGCAGGUGCACCGGGCCACGUUCCUGGGCCCCGAGGGCCAGGAGCUGCCGGGGGUGAUCAAGGUCCAGCACCGCGGAGUGGAGGAGAAGUUGCUCGUGGACAUCUCGGCGAGCGUCAUGAUGGGCAGGGUGUUGACGUGGCUGAUUCCCCACCUCUUCUCCGACUUAUCCUCCACGAUCCAGGACACCGCGGAGAUGUCCAAGGCGGAGCUGGACUUCCGCGUGGAGGCGAAAAGCCAAACGCUGGCCCGGGAGAAGAUCCUGGACGCGGGGCUGGACGUGCUGGUGCCGAAGGUCAUCGAAGAGUUCGUGACCAAGCGGGUGCUGGCCAUGGACUUCGUGAAAGGGGUGAAGAUCACGGAGUACGCAGGCGCGGGGGUCUCGAAGCAGCAAAGGACCGAAGUGCUGGCGAAGCUCAUCAACUUCUACGGCUUCACGCUGCACGGGCCCAUCUUCAACUGCGACCCCCACCCUGGCAACCUCCUGGUGGAGAAAGAGACAGGCCGGCUCUGCGUGCUGGACUGGGGCCAGGUGCGGCAGCUGGCGCAGCCCGAGCGUUUCGCCUAUGCCAAGAUCUUUAUGGCCUCGAUGACGGAGGACGUGCACCUCUUCGUGGAAGGCUGCAAGACCCUGGGCUUUGAGUUCCAGGACAUGGACGGGAAGCCGGACCCCACGCCCAUUGUAAUGAUCAACGCCCUGCGCUUCCUGUUGCGGGACUCCCGGCCGAUCGCGCAGAGCCGCGCGGACUUUGUGCAGCUGGAGCAGGUCUUUGGAAAGCUGGACGGGGAGACGAAGGCCAUCCAAACAGGUGGCGAGCAGAUUGUGAAGGGCCCGCUGAUGCCCCUCACCAAGACGGUGUCUCUGCUCUUUGAAGUGUCCAGCCGCCUGGACGUCUCGCUGCCGCUGAUGCACAUGUUUGUGUGCCACGGCUACCCCAUGCUUCUCAAGGAGAUGGGCCACGGCAGCGUCCAGGCGCGGCCCAGUCAGGGCAGCUUCGUGCUGGAGCCCAGCCACGCCGCAGGCGGCGCGUCGGCGGCUCCGCGGCUGGCCGCGGAGCUGCUGCAGCUGCUCGAGGAGCUCCACGCCAGGGGGCGCAUCCUGGGCGCGCAGCUCUGCGUGCUAGACCUGGAGACAGGCGACACCUUGGCGGACCUCGCACUGGGGCACUGCUCUUGGCUGCGCCCGGUGCCUGUGACAUCCAAGACGAUCUUUAACAUCCUGGAGAUCUCUAAGAUGUUCCUCGCGUUCAGCGUCCUGCGGCUGGUGGACCAAAAACGCCUGCAGCUCAGCACAGCGCUGCAGGACAGUGCCCUGGGCAAGGUGACGGUCGAGCAGGCCCUGAGCCACACGUCGGGGCACCUGAAGUGCGCGCCAGGCAGCUCUGACCUGGCCUUCCGGGACUUCUGCGAUGCCGCGCGCAUGGGCGAGGAGCUGCGGAAAGAGGAGCCCUUGCUGAAGCCAGGCUUGCGGCAGCAGUACCAUCACGCCUGCGGCCUGUGGAGCAGCGAGGCGUGCAAGAAAGCGCGCACAGAGCUGGAGCCCUGUUGGUCCUCCUUCAUGGAGGAGGCGGGCGGCUCGGUGCACCUCCGGGCGCCUUCUCCGGCCUCGGCUCCGGCCGGGUUCGCGGAGCCGGUGCCGCAGAUGAGGAGCCCGAGCUUGGAGGACCUGAGCAAGCGCAUGGUCGAGUUCGAGCACUUCGUGGACGCCACCAACCGGGGCCGCGCCAAGACGGCCUCGCAGGCCGAGAAGGCCGAGAACGCCAUGUGGAUGAGCUUCUUCGGCCGGGAGCACUGGUUCAACCCCGCGGCGCUGAACCGGGAGCUCCCCCGCAGCUCCCUGCUUCCGGGGCUACAGGCCUUCGCCACCGCCAAGGACACCGCGCAGGCGCUGCGGGGCGCCAAGCGGCUGCUGUCGCCCACACUUUGGCGCGAGGCCUCGCGGUCGCGACGGCCCAACGCAGGGGAGGCAACCCGCAUGCCGCACCACCUGGAGUGCUUCAGGGAAGCGGAGUGGGGCUUGGGCUUGCAGCUGCUGACCUUGCCCGAUGGCACGGCUCGGGCGCUGGGGCACUGCGCCUCCAACGGCUCCGUGGUGGCGGUGCUGCCGGGCGCACGGCCGUUGGUCGCGGCCUUCCUGGUGAAUCGCAGCGACGGCUUCGAUGCGCAGAAGGAGGUCCUCGCGGCGCUCGUGAGGCACGCGGGCGCCACUGAGCCGGCGGCUUCUGGCUGAUGGGGCGAAUCGCUGGCCCGAGAAGGGUCAAAGUUGCAAAGGCUCCUGGACAGGGUUGUGGGAUCACUCGGGG